CAGUCCCUGACUGCUGUGUCCUUCCCUGGGCUGGGGGUUAUACAUAUUUAUCAGAUCGUAACUUACUCUUCACCUCUGCCCCAGCAUGGGACACGACUCCCCAAGCAACCCCUCACAGACAGAUCUGUACAGGGAUACCUGGGUACGGUACUUGGGUUAUGCUAAUGAGGUGGGGGAAUCAUUUCGAGCACUGGUUCCCAAGGCUGUUGUCUGGGCUAGUUAUGGAGUGGCCACAGCCUAUGUGACUGCGGAUGCAGCAGAUAAGGGUCGCAAGGCAGCAAAGACUCAUGAGGAGGUUCCAGGUCGGACAUCCCAUAUAGCAGUGGCUGUAGUGGACACCUUUGUCUGGCAAGCUCUGGCUUCAGUUGCUAUCCCAGGCUUCACAAUAAACCGCCUCUGCGCAGCUUCCCUCUACCUGAUGGGAAGAGCCACCCGCUGGCCCCUUCCUGUGCGCAAAUGGGCAACAACAGCCAUCGGUUUAUCUGCUAUACCAUUCAUCAUAACACCAAUAGACAGGUCCGUGGAUUUUCUUUUAGACUCCAGCCUCAGGAAAUUGUACUCUACAACAGAAAAGAUAGCAGAUGAUUCCCGGACAUCCUGAUAUAGUGUCUAUUAGGUUUCAGAGUUAUCCAGACUUUCUCAGGUGCGGACUAGUAUGAUGGGCACAAGCUAAUCCUACAGGUUGCGGUUUCCUUUGGUCUUACUUGAAGAGUGCAGACUCUGCAGUGCAGAGAGAAGUUACUCAUCUGUGAUUUAAUGUGACAACUAUUAAAUCAUAUCUGUGCAAUACUAUCAGAUGUUAUUUAAUUUGUUGAUAGCAAAUUAUAUUUUGCUUAAUCAGUGCUCAUUUAAUCUUUGUAUUUCUUUAACCUCAAUACAAAAUAAUAAUCCAUAUCUGUGAAACUGAA